AAAAUGGCAGUGGAAGAAGGAGAGGGCUUCGUGGACCAAGUAAGCGUGUGCAGAUGCUUCAUAAGCUUGGCUUUUAAGGUUUAUUUCUCUGUACUUGUGUGGCGUCUGACACCAACGCAAGCUACCUACGAGCAGCCCGAGCAGGCAACUUAGAAAAAGCUCUUGAUUACUUAAAGAAUGGAGUGGACAUCAACAUUUGUAAUCAGAACGGGCUGAACGCGCUCCAUCUCGCCUCCAAAGAAGGCCAUGUAGAAGUGGUGUCUGAGCUGAUCCAGAGAGGCGCUAAUGUGGACGCAGCAACCAAGAAAGGAAAUACAGCUUUGCACAUUGCAUCCUUGGCUGGGCAGACCGAGGUGGUGAAGGUGCUGGUUACGAAUGGUGCCAACGUCAAUGCACAGUCACAGAAUGGCUUCACGCCGCUGUACAUGGCAGCCCAAGAAAGCCACUUGGAAGUGGUUAAGUUUCUUCUUGAUAAUGGAGCUAGUCAGAGCCUCGCCACUGAGGAUGGCUUCACCCCGUUGGCUGUGGCUCUCCAGCAGGGUCACGACCAGGUGGUCUCCUUGUUGCUCGAAAAUGACACCAAGGGCAAAGUCCGGCUCCCUGCACUCCACAUCGCUGCGCGCAAGGAUGACACCAAGGCGGCUGCUUUGCUACUGCAGAACGACCACAAUGCCGAUGUGGAGUCCAAGAGUGGCUUUACUCCUCUACACAUAGCUGCUCACUACGGGAACAUCAAUGUAGCUACACUGCUGUUAAACCGUGGGGCGGCCGUGGACUUUACUGCCAGGGACGGCCUGACCCCUCUGCAUUGUGGAGCCCGAAGCGGCCACGAACAAGUCGUACGGAUGCUGCUCGACCGUGGAGCCCCUCUUCUUUCCAAAACAAAGAAUGGCUUGUCUCCGUUGCACAUGGCGACCCAAGGGGACCAUCUCAACUGCGUUCAGCUCCUGAUUGAGCACCACGUACCCGUGGACGAUGUGACCAACGACUAUCUGACAGCGCUUCAUGUGGCCGCUCACUGUGGCCAUUACAAGGUUGCCAAGGUUUUGUUGGACAAGAAGGCGAAUCCUAAUGCCAAAGCACUGAACGGUUUCACGCCUCUCCACAUUGCCUGCAAAAAGAACAGAAUUAAAGUGAUGGACCUUCUGCUGAAACACGGAGCCUCGAUUCAAGCUGUCACAGAGUCGGGUUUGACUCCAAUCCAUGUUGCUGCCUUCAUGGGGCAUGUAAAUAUUGUUUCACACCUGAUGCACCACGGAGCUUCUCCCAACACAACCAAUGUGAGGGGAGAGACAGCCCUGCACAUGGCUGCCAGAGCUGGCCAGUCAGAGGUGGUUCGGUCCUUGGUUCAAAAUGGAGCUGAGGUGGAAGCUAAAGCCAAGGAUGACCAAACGCCACUGCACAUUUCUGCGCGUCUGGGCAAAGCCGAUAUAGUCCAGCAGCUGUUACAGCAAGGAGCCUCAGCAAAUGCUGCUACAACGUCCGGGUACACCCCGUUGCACCUUUCAGCACGAGAAGGGCAUGAAGAUGUGGCAUCCGUCCUUUUGGACCACGGGGCAUCCUUGAGUAUCAUUACCAAGAAAGGAUUUACCCCUCUACACGUGGCAGCAAAAUACGGCAAAAUAGAAGUUGCCAACCUCCUACUUCAGAAAAACGCCUCUCCAGAUGCGGCUGGAAAGAGUGGUUUAACUCCAUUGCAUGUUGCGGCACAUUACGAUAAUCAGAAAGUGGCACUUCUCCUUUUGGACCAAGGAGCCUCUCCUCACGCCUCUGCCAAGAAUGGUUACACUCCGCUGCACAUCGCUGCCAAGAAGAACCAGAUGGACAUAGCAACCACGUUGCUGGAAUACGGCGCUGAUGCGAAUGCCGUGACCAGACAAGGCAUUGCUCCUGUGCAUCUGGCUUCCCAAGAGGGUCACAUGGACAUGGUCUCCUUGCUCCUCACCAGAAACGCCAACGUGAAUCUCAGCAACAAGAGUGGCCUGACUCCAUUGCACUUGGCAGCCCAAGAGGACAGAAUCAACGUUGCAGAGGUGCUGGUCAACCAAGGAGCUGUGGUGGAUGCACCCACUAAGAUGGGCUACACUCCAUUACACGUUGGGUGCCACUACGGAAACAUAAAGAUAGUCAAUUUCCUUCUGCAGCAAUUUGCAAAAGUGAACGCCAAAACCAGGAAUGGCUACACCCCCCUGCACCAGGCAGCUCAACAAGGACACACCCACAUCAUCAACGUCCUGCUGCAGAACGGUGCAUCCCCCAAUGAGCUCACUGUGAAUGGGAACACUGCCCUGGCCAUUGCCAAACGACUGGGAUACAUUUCUGUUGUCGACACGCUGAAAAUAGUGACGGAAGAGACAAUGACGACAAUUACUGUCACAGAAAAACAUAAAAUGAAUGUCCCGGAAACCAUGAACGAAGUUUUGGACAUGUCUGAUGAUGAAGCAUGUAAAGCGAAUGCCCCUGAAAUUCUCAGUGACGGUGAAUAUAUGUCAGACGCCGAAGAAGGUGAAGAUGCAAUGACAGGCGACACGGACAAGUACCUUGGGCCCCAGGAUCUCAAAGAAUUAGGGGACGACUCUCUGCCUGCCGAAGGCUACAUGGGCUUCAGUCUGGGAGCCCGAUCUGCCAGUCCUAAGGUCAGCCUCCGCUCCUUCAGUUCGGAUAGGUCCUACACCUUGAACAGAAGCUCUUUCACCCGGGACAGUGUAAUGAUUGAAGAACUUCUGGUGCCACCAAAGGACACGCCCCUGACGUUUCCUAGAGAAGUGGACUCUGAUUCCCUCCGGCACUACAGCUGGGCUGCGGAGACCCUGGACAAUGUUAACCUUGUGUCUAGCCCCAUUCACUCGGGCUAUUCCUCUCCGCUCCCACAGUAUGAUUCAAGUUUCCUGGUCAGCUUUAUGGUGGACGCCCGGGGAGGCUCCAUGCGCGGCAGCCGCCACCACGGCAUGAGGAUCAUCAUCCCGCCACGCAAGUGCACGGCUCCCACCCGCAUCACGUGCCGCUUGGUGAAGAGAGCCAAGCUGGCCAGCCCGCCACCCAUGGUUGAAGGAGAAGGCUUAGCCAGCCGGCUGAUUGAGAUGGGGCCUUCCGGGGCACAGUUCCUAGGCCCGGUUGUGGUGGAGAUCCCCCAUUUUGGAUCGAUGCGGGGAAAAGAACGAGAGCUGAUCGUGCUGCGGAGCGAAAACGGGGAGACCUGGAAAGAGCACCAGUAUGACAGCAAGCACGAGAACCUCACGGACAUCCUGAACGGCAUGAAUGAAGAGAUGGACAGCGUGGAAGAGCUGGAGAAGAAACGGAUCUGCAGGAUCGUCACCAAGGACUUCCCUCAGUAUUUUGCGGUGGUCUCGCGAAUUAAGCAAGAGAGCAACCAGAUCGGGCCAGAAGGAGGCAUCCUAAGCAGCACCACUCUGCCUCGGGUCCAAGCUGCUUUCCCUGAAGGCGCCUUGACAAAAAGAAUCCGUGUGGGCCUCCAGGCUCAACCAGUACAGGACGAAAUGGUUAAGAAGAUCCUUGGCAACAAAGCCACCUUCAGCCCCAUUGUCACCGUGGAGCCCAGAAGGAGGAAAUUCCAUAAGCCCAUCACCAUGACGAUUCCGGUGCCACCCCCCUCAGGGGAAGGAGUGACCAACGGGUACAAAGGCGACACCAUACCCAGCCUUCGACUGCUGUGUAGCAUCACAGGAGGCACUUCACCAGCGCAAUGGGAGGACAUCACGGGGACCACCCCCCUUACUUUUGUGAACGAUUGUGUCUCCUUUACAACCAACGUUUCAGCCAGAUUUUGGCUAGCAGAUUGCCAUCAAGUUCUUGAAACGGUUGGGUUGGCCACACAGCUAUAUAGGGAAUUGAUAUGUGUCCCUUACAUGGCCAAGUUCGUCAUUUUUGCCAAAACAAACGAUGCGGUGGAAUCCAAUUUGCGCUGCUUCUGUAUGACAGAUGACAAAGUUGACAAAACGCUGGAGCAGCAGGAGAAUUUUGAAGAAGUUGCAAGAAGCAAAGAUAUUGAGGUUUUGGAAGGAAAACCCAUUUAUGUGGAUUGUUAUGGAAAUCUAGCUCCUUUAACCAAAGGAGGACAACAGCUUGUAUUUAAUUUUUAUGCUUUCAAGGAAAAUAGACUGCCAUUUUCUAUCAAGAUCAGAGACACCAGCCAAGAGCCUUGUGGCCGCUUAUCCUUUCUCAAAGAGCCAAAGACAACAAAAGGUCUGCCCCAGACGGCCGUUUGCAACUUGAACAUCACUCUGCCAGCACACAAAAAGGAAACAGAAUCAGAUCAAGAUGACGAGACAGAGAAGACCGACCGCAGACAGAACUUUGUGUCCCUAGCUCUACGUAAGCGCUACAGCUAUCUGACAGAGCCUGGCAUGAAAACAGUUGAACGGAGUGCCACGGCUACGAGAUCCUUGCCCGCCACCUAUUCCUACAAGCCAUUCUUGUCCGCAAGACCCUAUCAGUCAUGGACCACAGCACCCAUCACUGUGCCUGGACAAAGCAAAUCGGGCUUCACGUCCCUCUCCAGCUCGUCUUCUAACACUCCAACCGCUUCCCCAUUAAAGUCCAUCUGGUCGGUUUCCUCUGCUUCGCCGAUCAAAUCCACUCUAGGAGCCUCCACCACAUCUUCCGUUAAAUCCGUUAGUGAUGUAGCUUCUCCAAUUAGAUCCUUUCGGACAAUCUCGCCUAUGAAAACCAUGGUUUCCCAGCCUCCCUAUAAUGUCCAACUCUCUCCCGGUUCCUUUGUCAGAGCUCCUACCGCCACGGAAGCUGCUGGUUUGAAAGGGCUGGUGUCGGCUUCUGGGUUCCCCAUUCGGACAUCUCCUGUGACCACCGCUGGGUCUCUCUUAGAGAGGUCAUCCAUUACCAUGACGCCUCCGGCCUCUCCCAAAUCUAACCUUAACAUGUAUUCUUCAGGCCUGCCAUUUAAGUCCAUCAUUACAUCAGCUUCUCCUCUCUUGUCUUCACCUUUAAAAUCGGUGGUGUCUCCUGCUCAAUCAGCAGUCGAUGCCGUGUCACCUUCUAAAGUCACAGUGGCCGCAUCCCCCGUGAAACACAUGGUUGGGCACACAGAGGUGGCCAUGGUGAACGGAUCCAUAUCACCUUUGAAAUACCCGUCUCCCAUCAGCUUAAUCGGCGGGUCCAAGGCCACAGCUGCCUUUCAAGAGAAGAUGGGGGCGGCAGCUGUUUCGGCAAGCUGUGCCGUUAGAGCAGCCACUGACACAGUUGAGAAAAUGUUACCGACGACUCCUGCAAAGCCAUUUUCUCCACUCAGGUCGCACGUGUCUUCGACUCCAUCCGCCUUUCAGUCCAUGAGAGCUGCUUCUACAGGGGUGCUUUAUACAUCUCUCGGGUCAAUCUCAGCAACUACCUCGUCAGUAACCUCAUCAACUAUCACGGUGCCAGUCUAUUCUGUAGUCAAUGUUUUGUCAGAACCAGCACUCAAGAAGCUCCCCGAGACACCCUCCCUGGCCAAAUCAGCAGCUGCCUUGCUCUCGCCUCUUAAAACAUUGACUACAGAGACAUGCGCACAAUCUCCCUUUAACCGAUCCUCAUCUCCUGUCAAAUCAUCUUUGUUCUUAGCACCCUCUGCCCUUAAGUUGUCCACACCUUCAUCUUUAUCUUCUAGUCAGGAGAUACUAAAAGAUGUGGCCGAGAUGAAAGAGGACCUAAUGAGAAUGACAGCAAUAUUGCAGACAGAUGUAAUGGAGGAGGAGAAGGCGUUCCAGCCAGAACUGACCAAAGAGGGUAGAAUAGAUGAUGAAGAGCCUUUUAAACUUGUUGAGAAAGUCAAAGAGGACCUAGUGAAAGUUAGCGAGAUACUGAAAAAAGAUGUCUGUGUAGAGAAUAAAGCCUCAGUCAAACUCUCUCAGAAUGAUAAAGGACACUCCUCUGAGGAAGAAUGGGUAGAGUUCAGUGCAGGUGAGAUUGAUGAAGCCAGACGCCAGGGCAUGAUCAUCCCUCCUCUGACUAUCCCAGAAAAAGUGCAGCUCAAAGCCAAGGCUGUCUCUGAAAAGGAUUACAACUUGAGCAAAGUAAUUGAUUACCUAACGAAUGACAUUGGCAGUAGCUCCCUGGCGAGUUUCAAGUACAAGUUUGACGACGGGAGAAGGGAGGGGGAAGAGAGGCAGAAAAGGGUCCUAAAACCAGCCAUUGCUCUACAAGAACAUAAACUUAAAAUGCCGCCAGCCUCCGUGAGGCCGUCAACUUCUGAGAAAGAGUUGUGUAAAAUCGCCGAUUCCCUUUUUGGAACGGACAUUGUUUUGGAAUCUCCCGAUGACUUUUCCCAGCACGAUCAAGAUAAAAGCCCUUUGUCCGAUAGCGGCUUCGAGACCAGGAGCGAGAAGACCCCUUCAGCCCCGCAGAGUGCAGAAAGUACAGGGCCAAAGCCCCUUUUCCAUGAGGUGCCCCUCCCCCCCGUGAUCACGGAGACCAGAACUGAAGUGGUGCACGUGAUCCGUAGCUAUGAACCCUCGUCGGGGGGAGAGGCCUCUGAGCCUCACACGGAAGAGCCACCCUCCCCCAAAGUGGUCAGCACCUUUAUGGAGCUGGAGCCCCGGCCCAACGGAGGCUCCCUCAAGGGGAAGGUGAACGCCUUUCAAGUGAAGGCCAGUAGUGAAGACGAGUGUGCCCUGGGUAAAGGUGUCCGUGUAAAAGAAGAGACCCACAUAAGUACCACCACCAGAAUGGUUUACCACAAACCUCCAUGCACUCAGAGCCCUUCGGAGAGAAUUGAGGAAACCAUGUCUGUUCAUGACAUCAUGAAAGCUUUUCAGUCAGGACGGGACCCUUCCAAGGAGCUGGCAGGUCUGUUUGAGCAUAAGUCUUCGGUCUCCCCAGAGGCUGGCAAAUCCACUGAAAUGUCGCCCCAGUCUGCAGAGAAGGACUACAAAAUGAAACCCAAAUUGGAGCGUAUAAUAGAGGUCCAUAUUGAAAAAGGUAAUCAGGCUGAGCCUACUGAAGUCAUUAUUAGAGAAACCAAAAAGCAUCCAGAGAAAGAAAUGUAUAUGUAUCAGAAAGACUUGUCACAAGGGGAUGUGGAAAAGCUGGAGGCCCUCCCUUGUUCGUACGAACAAGGUCAGCCCGAAGAAGAAGAACUGACCGCCGAAGAGUCCUUGCCUUCUUAUUUGGAAUCUUCUAGAGUAAACACUCCUAAUUCCCAGGAAGAAGACAGUCGCCCUAGUUCUGCCCAACUUAUGUCUGAUGACUCGUACAAAACCCUGAAGCUUUUGAGUCAACACUCAGUAGAGUACCAUGACGACGAGUUGUCAGAACUAAGAGGGGAAUCUUACAGGUUUGCUGAGAAAAUGCUUCUCUCAGAAAAGCUAGAUGUGUCUUACUCAGACACCGAGGAGUCAGUUACUGACCAUGUCCCCCCCCUUAGCGCAGACUUUCAGGGGCCUGAUAAACGAUCCAGAGAAAAAGUAGCCCCAGCACCCCCACAAGACCUCCUCACCAAAAUCUCUAAAGAGAUAUCAGAAAAUGGUGUGGGUAAAAUAUCCAAAGACGAUCCUUAUGAGAAAGUGACAGUGUUGCAUUAUUCCGGAGAUGUUAGUAGCCCAAAGCAUGCUAUGUGGAUGCGCUUUGCAGAGAACAGAUUAGACAGAGGUAGAGAAAAGUUGAUGUAUGAAGACAGGGUGGACAGGACGGUUAAGGAGGCCGAAGAAAAGCUGACGGAAGUCUCGCAGUUCUUCCGGGACAAGACAGAGAAACUGAACGAUGAGCUGCAAUCCCCGAAGAAGCAGCAGAGAAAGAAUGGGAGAGAAGCCAGCGUGGGCUUUAGAUCAGCAAGCAGCAGUCCGGAGAAGGUGACUGCUUCUGAGUCACAAAGCGACUGGCCAGGAGGAGGAAGAGGAAUCUGUGCUCAGGAUGGGAAGGGCUGGCCAAAACCCGAGGAGAGGAAGGCAGCCAGUUUGCCCAGCAGCCCAGAGAGGCAGAUUCUCUCUCAGCCGAGUAAGGACUUGAAAGAACCCAAGGGAGCGGCUCAGAAGAGCAAAAUCCCAGAGGCUCUACCAACAGGGUUCCAACUGAAGCAAUCCAAGCUCAGCUCCAUUAGGCUAAAAUUUGAACAGAGCCUGGGCUCCAAAAGUAAGGAGAUGCUUCCAGAGGAGAAAAGGCUGGAUAUACCAUCUAAAAUCCCAGUGAAAAAGUUGCAGGACAGCAAGCUCCCGGUCUAUCAGUUUUACUCCCGAGAAAAACAGGCCAAAGAGAUAGACCUGGUGGAUGGGAACUUAGCAUUGCAAAAGGAACCUCCUGCUGGCUGCUUCCAAGAUGGCCCCAGGGACAAAGGCAAAGUGAUUGAGGAUGCAUCUCCUCCAAAGGUCCCCAAGGCCAAGGAAGAAAUACCAAGCAAGACCAUUUCUGCCUUUGCUGAGCAAAAUGUGAAGGGCUUGGCCUAUGGCGCCAGUGCUGUGCCUGUCCCAGCCAAGGGGCACUGGGAUAAAAAGAUUUAUAGGACAUGGGAAAGCCCUGGGACAUCCUCCCAUACAGCCCAGAAAGAAAAACUUUCCCAUGUGCUUGUGCAAGAUGUAGUCAAAGAAAACCAAAUUGACCCUCUUGAGCCUAAAGAUCUGGCCAAAUCUAGCGAACUGAUCACUGUGACCGAAUAUGAGCAGAAAGUGUCCACAAAUGGAUCAGGUUCUAAGGAGGUGAAGGAAGUGACUGUAAGGUCUCCAUCCAAAAAGGUGCUUUAUAGAGAAUACCUUGUCAGAGAAGGGGACUAUCCAGGGGAAGUGAGGGAUAGGAUUUCAAAGAAAAAAGAAGCAAUGAUGGCACCCCAUAUUCCAGAAAGAGUUUCAGAAGAGAAAAGUAUGUGGGCAGGUGGCAUUCUUGAAGGACAGUCCCCAACUGCACGCCGCGAACUGCCAACUCAAGUGCCCCACAUCAGAAUGGAUAAGGAAAAAGUAGAGGGACAGUUCAAUGUGGCUCAACAAGAGAAAGGGGUAGAAUAUAGUCCAGCCAGUGCCAGGCAACUCAGUUGCUUCCAGUUAAGCGCUCCUCAAGAGGAGGCAGAGUCAUCCCCCAGUAAGACACCCGAUUCCUUAGACGUUAGCCCAAGAAAACUGUCUCCUGCCAAGAAAUUUGAUCUGGUGAAACCGUCCCCUUUAGCAGCAGAGGAAGCAGCAAAGGAGAUAAAAACACUACCUGUUUAUGUCAGUUUUGUUCAGGUAGGGAGGCAGUAUGAAAGAGAGGUGCAGCAGGGAACUAUAAAAAAAAUUGUAAGUCAGGAGAGUAAGACAGUGCAAGAGACGAGAGGGGGAUUUUAUACCACCAGGCAGCAGAAGCAACUCCCCUCCCCCCAAGGUAGUCCAGAGGAUGAUACCUUAGAACAGGUGUCCUUUAUGGACAGUUCUGGGAAAAGCCCCCUAACCCCAGAGACACCAAGCUCAGAGGAAGUGAGUUAUGAGUUUACAUCCAAAACACCUGAUUCACUCAUUGCUUACAUACCCAGCAAGCCGAGCCCAAUCCCUGAGGUGUCGGAGGAGUCAGAGGAGGAGGCCGAAGCCAAAUCCACCUCUGUAAAACAGUCGCCCCGAACUCAGCAAGAGCUGCCCAAUAAUUUGGACAGGGAAUCUAACAAAAGGCCGAAGGGAAACCGAGUGGCCUACAUUGAAUUUCCACCACCUCCUCCAUUAGAUGCUGAUCAUUCAGACCCAGAAAAGCCACGUCCCUCCUCCGAGAGCGACAUGGAGAUGACAGAAGUCAACCUUCAGGAUGAACUGGAGAAACGUCAGCUGGCUGAACCAGUCAUCCGCGUUCAGCCCCCUUCUCCUGUGCCGCCGGCAGAAGAUCUAAGCGACUCCAGUGAUGACGAGUCAUUGUAUCAGCCCGUUCCCAUUAAAAGAUACAUGUUUAAACUGAACGAUGUUGAAGAUGACUGGAAGGAGACCACCACACGCAGAUCAUCUGAAACGAAGCCCAGUGAAUUUGAUUUGGCUCUUGAAUCCCCCCAGAAUGAUGUGGCAUCAAAUGGGAACAAUGACCAGUCAGUUACCGAGUGCUCGAUAGCAACCACCGCAGAAUUCUCCCACGAUACAGAUGCCACCGAAAUUGACUCUCUCGAUGGGUAUGAUCUGCAAGAUGAGGACGAUGGGCUGACCGAGAGUGAUUCUAAGCACGCGUGUCCAGCAGUAGAAACUAAAAAAGAUCUCUGGGUUACUGAAGGCAUCGUGAAACAGACUGAUCGAAGUUUUAGCCAAAGUAAGCUGGAAAUUAUUGAGGAGGAGGAAAAAGUCGGCUCUGAGGAAAAGAAGUCCUUAUCAAAAUGUCCAGCAGCUGAAAAAAACGUGGAUAAGGCUGAACAAAAGUCAGGGGCGCAGUUUUUCACUUUGGAAGGCCGACAUCCUGACAGGACCGUGUUUCCUGAUACGUAUUUCAGUUAUAAAGUAGAUGAAGAGUUUGCCACCCCUUUUAAAACUAUAGCAACCAAGAGCCUAGAUUUUGACCCUUGGUCCAGUAACCGUGGAGAUGAUGAAGUCUUUGAAUCCAAAAGUAGGGACGAUGACCCCAAGCCUUUCGGCCUUGCAGUGGAAGACAGAUCUCCAGCCACCACUCCAGACACGACGCCAGCUAGGACGCCGACAGAUGAAAGUACCCCAACUAGCGAGCCCAAUCCCUUCCCAUUUCAUGAAGGGAAGAUGUUUGAGAUGACUCGCAGUGGUGCAAUUGACAUGAGCAAGAGGGAUUUUGUUGAAGAAAGACUCCAAUUUUUUCAGAUUGGUGAGCAUACUUCUGAAGGGAAGUCAGGGGACAAGGGGGAAGGGGAUAACAAUAAAGUCACUGCCAUCACACAGCCACAGUCAGGGGACAAAACGGUAGAGCAAACCGUAGAGAGAGAAGUAGAAACGCCAACAGUUGAACCUAAGCUCAUCCUCCAGGCCAGUGGAGAUGGCAUGGAAGCAACACCUGGUUGUAGCUCACUGGAGAAAUCAUCCCUGGUGCUUCACGCUUCUAAAGUCGAUCCCAAAUUGCGCACACCGAUUAAAAUGGGCAUUUCGGCUUCCACAAUGACACUGAAGAAAGACACGUCUGGGGAAAUGGCAGAUAAGCUAGAGACGUUGACAUUAGGGACUCAGGGGUUAGACUGCAAAGCUGUAGAGGAGGUUACAGACACAGCUGUGCUUAACCAGACCAGCAGUAGGGAAGCAGAAAAGCAUGAUUUCCCAAAAGAUAAUUUUAAUAACAACAACAAUUUGGACCCAUGCACCACACCUAUCAAUCACCUCACUUGUCCAGUAGUGCUAAAUGAACCCUUUGAGUCCAAGUGUCCCACACAGAAAGCUAAUUCAAUGAAACACCCUUCAGGAAACGGUCCCGGUGCGACCCAAGGAGACUGUAAGCAGAAAAGACCUAGAGAGCAGCAGGCACCCCCCGAAUCAGUCGGGAAUCGAGCACGCUCCCGGCUUCCCAUAAAAGCUAAAGACGCUGUGCUGCACAGCACUAGUGAGACUGGCAGGGGGAGUCAUGUCAGGGAGGCCAAGAGAGUUGACCUAAGGAAGCCGUGCAGCUCUUCUCCACCCAUAGAGGGGAGGUCUAAGAUUCCCAUAAAAAGCACACAGAGGCAUAACUUGGCCUUAGCUAGAAAAAUGCCACCAGCUCAAAAGCAAGGGCAGAUAGAGAGAAGCAAGGCCAACUCUUUUCCUUCUAAAUUACCAUUAAAGGUAAGAUCUACCACCACCACCACUACCACCACCACUGCAGCAGUAGCAGCAGCAGCCGCCGCAACAACUGUUAAAGCAAAGCAAAGUCAGCUUAGGGAGGUAUGUAAACAUUCUAUUGAAUAUUUUAAGGGAAUUAGCGGUGAGGCUUUAAAGCUUGUCGACCGACUAUCUGAUGAACAGAAAAAAAUGCCACCAGGAGUAUCUGAGGAGGAGGAGGAGGAGGAGGAAGAAGAAGAAGAUAGUACCUCAAGAACCACAUCCCUGUCCGAAGCCACUCAAGUUUUCCAGCCUUCCAUUGCAACGAAGCCCGCUAGAGAUAUGAGAACAGAGGCAGCAUCUGUAAAAUCAAAGAUUGAAAAGUCCGACAGUGACAGGAGGAGGAGGAGGAGGAGUAAGAGGAGGACUGGUCCACAGAGCCCAUGCGAACGGACAGACAUAAGGAUGGCAAUUGUGGCUGAUCACCUGGGACUUAGCUGGACAGAACUGGCAAGAGAGCUGAAUUUUUCUGUUGACGAAAUCAAUCAGAUUCGAGUGGAAAACCCAAAUUCUUUAAUUGCUCAGAGCUUCAUGUUGUUAAAAAAAUGGGUUACGAGAGAUGGAAAAAACGCUACAACUGAUGCCUUAACUUCUGUAUUAACAAAAAUCAAUCGGAUUGACAUUGUAACUUUGCUGGAAGGACCAAUAUUUGACUAUGGAAACAUAUCCGGCACCAGAAGUUUUGCAGAUGAAAAUAAUGUUUUCCACGAUAUUGUUGAUGGUUGGCAGAACGAGGCGCCCAGAGUCAAGGUGGAACCGACGUCUUCGGGACGCAGAAUAAGCGGAGAACUGCUGAACCGAUUGGAUGACAGCCCUGGUCAGUGUCGAGAUUCUAUUACCUCAUAUUUCAAAGGGGAAGCGGGAAAGCUGGAGACCAACGGGAACUACUCAGAAUCGACCUCAGAAGCAAAGGCUAAGACUUUUGCCCAGGACUCUGUGAACAGCCUAGGAAAACAGAGCGACAAGGAAACUGUGAAACCAAAAAUGCCAAGCUCUCUCCGAGCUGAGCAGCAAACAAUCUCAUUAACAUGCCACCAGAAAUCCUUGCAAGAGGCAAGCAAGCCAGCAGUUGAUACACCUAAAACCUCUGUGCCUGUUAGCGUGAAGAAGACAAGCUGGAAUAUUUCUGACAGCAGCAAGCCGAGAUCAAAAGCUCAGGAAGACGAUGGGAUAGCGGCUGCGUCGGAACAAAAGAUCCACCUGAGCAAGUUAUUCGUUUUUAUGUUUUAAAACGAGCCAGUAAAAAUGUACCCAAACUGCAUUUAUCAGGAGUUGAGUGAGAGUGACAGUGAGUGUGAGGUUCAGAGUGAUUCCAGUUCAGACGAAGAGCAGAGGAUCGUUACGAGGGUUUAUCGCCGGCGGUUCAUUCUGAAGGGCAAAGAAGCCCGAAACAUUCCAGGUGAAUCGGUCACACGAGAACAGUUCACCGACGAGGAAGGCAACACCGUCACUCGAAAAGUUACCCGGAAAGUAUUAAGACGCCUUGUUGUCCCACACGUGAAAAAACCUAUCAGGGGAGAAGGGUGUAAAGUGAAAAUGAAAAAAGAAGUCCGGCACGCAGAGAAGACAACCUACUCAUAACAGCCAAACAGUGAAUGACUGUGUGCUUUUACUGCCAGUAUUCUAGAGAGAAACUCGAAGACGAAUGAAAUCAACAGGAAUUAUCAAGUCACGGACAAAAGUGUGUGUGUGUGUGUGCGCUCGCGCGCGUCUGUGUGUUUGCUGCUUCCACACAUUAACCGCAUGGUUUUUAUGUGAAGAACACCACAAAAAAAAAAAAAAAAUUAAUUUAGCAUGAGCCAGUUCUACACGAGCAUGGAAAUUCACUUUUAUUCACACCAUCGGAGAGGAUGCAGCGAGAAGUGACGGACACGUUCCAAGGUGCUCCGAGGCGACCGCUUCAAAGGAAGCAACACGAGCCCAUGGCGAAACGGAGGGAUUCCUGUUGCAAGAGAGAUUCAAAUGACACCGGAGAACGGUUCAAACCACAAAAAGGCACUAAAAAUGAUUAAAAUCCACAAUAGCUCGCCUUAUUUUUCUCAGACCCAAAACUGUCAGGGUACUAAAAUACACCUUUGGGGGGGGGUUGUUUUGUUUUCAUUUUUUUUAAAGAAAAAAAGAAGACUAACAUUGCUUGUUUCAUUGUAAAUAACACGAUGUAAAUUCUAAAGAGAAAUAAGAGGAUCCAGGCUGAUCAGGCACUGCCUCCUAGCUCACAAACUGAAUGGUGCGUUUGCAUUGAAAAGAAAAUCAGGGUCUCGGACGGCCGCUAACACCCGCCGAGGUGUAUUCUGGGUGUAUCUUCACAGAUUCUUGUACAUUUAGCGAUGAUAAUGUUUGUAUAUGCAAAAAAAAAAAAAAAAAGGCUAGCUUGAUUUUAAAAAAAAAUCUUUCAAAAUCUCCCGCCAAUUUAAUGAUUCCUAAGAUGGGGAAUUCUGUAGUUCUGUGAAACCAAGGAUUCUCUCCGGAGUACCAAUAUUUUGAUGCAUGCGUUCCGCCUUAUUUUGAUGAACUCUUUUUCCAGUUUUGCAAAUAUAUUAGAUUGUGAGGUGACAGGAUGAGGUCCCGGGGCGCAAUUCAUCAAUCACCGCUGCCAAGGAACCCCUCCUCAUUUCGGCAUGGGUGGGGGGACCGAGGCCGCCUGGACACGGCCCCUGUUGGAGAGCAGGGCUGAUUCUGAGAGCCUAUCCAUAACCUCUAAAGGCAAAGCCCCCCCCCCAUCUAAUAUUUGUUGCUCCUGCCAGUUUUUGCAGUGGGAAUGAUCUCAAACCUAUCGGAAAUCAUAACAUAUACAGUAGUUGCUUUUGGGGAGGUGGGGUGCUACCUGUCCUGCUUUCCACUGGGGGAAAACGCUUGAAGCUUUUGGCAGUUUGGGGUGAUGCUCUUGGGAGCGCUGGUGGGGGAUAUUUUUUAAGAAAAAAAGUGGGGGGAGAGAAAGAAGGAAGAGAAUUUCUUAGCUAACAGAGUGGCAGCACGCUGUAAAAAAAUAUUACUCUAUUGUGUACUGGCUCUUGAGACGUAGAAUCUUUCAGGAAGCCAAUCAUGUGUAAUCAUCCUAGCAGAUUAAUAUUAGGUUGUUAAGGCUGCUGUGUUUUAAAGGGCAUUUUUAUUUGGGGUUUUUUUUUUGGUGAAAUACUUUUAAUUUGUUAAUUAUCUUCAUACGGAAACAGGAUCGGUUGAUAAUAGCUCUAAUUACUUAUGUACGAAAAACAAAAAAAACCCACAAACACUGGAUGAUCUAGUUGAUAAUUUAAGCAUAAAAUAAAUUGUGUUGAAACACUUCAA